UUUCAGUCUGGCAUGGCAGACCAACCAAUGAACAUGCUGACACAAACAUCCAGUAAUGAAGAUACACACAAUGAGAACAUCCGUUGCUUAACCACUCUGGGCCAUUUUGGGUUUGACUGUUUGCCCACGCAGCUGGUGAACAAAUCCAUCCAGAAAGGAUUCUCUUUCAAUAUUCUCUGCGUGGGAGAAACUGGUAUUGGGAAAUCAACACUGAUCAACACACUGUUCAAUACUAAUCUGAAAGAGAGCAAGUCCUCCCAUUUCUAUUCAAAGGUUGGCCUUAAAGUGAAGACUUAUGAGCUUCAGGAACGAAAUAUUCCAUUGAAAUUGACUGUUGUGAAAACAGUGGGGUAUGGCGAUCAAAUAAACAAGGAAGCCAGCUACCAGCCAGUAGUUGACUACUUGGACGCUCAGUUUGAGGCGUAUCUCCAGGAGGAGCUGAAGAUUAAGCGCUCCUUGGUUGACUAUCAUGAUUCCCGUAUCCAUGUGUGCCUUUACUUCAUCGCACCUACAGGACAUUCCCUCAAGUCCCUGGACCUGCUGACGAUGAAGAACAUCGACAGAAGGGUGAACAUCAUACCACUGAUUGCCAAAGCCGACUCACUUUCCAAGAGCGACCUCCAGAGGUUCAAGAGUAACAUCAUGGGUGAGCUGGUCAGCAAUGGCAUCCAGAUAUAUCAAUUCCCGAUGGAUGAUGAAGACACUGCUCAAGUAAACGCCUCAAUAAAUGGGAUGUUACCUUUUGCAGUGGUAGGAAGUAUGGAGGAGGUGAAAGUUGGGAAAAGGAUGGUCAGAGGCCGUCAUUACCCUUGGGGAGUUUUGCAAGUGGAAAAUGAGAGUCACUGUGACUUUGUGAAGCUCCGAGAUUUGCUUCUGUGUACUAAUAUGGAAGAUUUGAAAGAUCAAACCCACACUCAGCAUUAUGAAUGCUACAGGAGCAACAGACUGCAGAAACUAGGCUUCAAUGACACGGGCCCGGACAAUCAGCCAGUGAGUUUCCAAGAGAUGUAUGAAACCAAAAGACAAGAGUUCCUUGGUCAGUGUCAGAGGGAGGAGGAAGAGCUGAAGCAGACGUUCAUGCAGCGAGUCAAGGAGAAGGAACUGACCUUCAAGGAUGCUGAAAAGGAGCUGCAGGACAAGUUUGAACAUCUGAAGAGAAUCCAACAAGAGGAGAUUCUGAAACUGGAAGAAGAGAGAAGAAAACUAGAGGAGCAAAUCAUAGAUUUUUACAAAACAAAGGCUGCCUCUGAGACAUCACAGGUUCAGGUGUGCACCAAUGUAAAAAAGGACAAAGAUCGUAAGAAAUGAUCUCUCU